AUGUUUUAUAGACAAUAUAGACCUAAUGCCGUAUUAAUUUCAGCAUCGCGGAUAAUAUCGAAGGAGAACACGAGUGAACAAAUGUUUACUGAAACGAAAAAAAAAAAAAAGAAAGAAAGAAAGAAACCACCGACAAAACAACACAUUGAAUUAGAGUAUCGUCCAACAAACCCGAUGCAUUUAAUUCAAUUAGUUUUAGCAUAUUUGCUAUUACUUCCGUUUUCAUUAUGUGCGUCACCAAAUGCCGUCAAAUUAACUGAAUUGGCUAAAGAAAGUGAAAAUUUCAUUAUCGACAUUCACAACAGUGAUCUUUCUAUUCUUGAUGGUCCAAGGGAUUAUUACACAGUUCUAAUAUUUACUUCCACUGAUCCAUCCCAUGGUUGUAGUCAAUGUUCAAAUGUUUAUGAAUUUAUUUCUUUAGUUUCAAAAUCUUGGUUUCAGGAUUAUUUGGAUUCUCAUUUAUUGACUUUUAUUAAUAUUGAUUUGAAUGAUCCUAAAAAUGGGAAAAUUUUUGGCAUGGUUGGAUUACAAACUGUUCCACAUAUUUGGUUAAUUGCUCCUAAUUUAUCAGCAGAGUAUGGAAAUCCAAAUAAAAUAUUUGAAGAUGCUCAUCUUCAAUUCAAAGUUCCUCAAGUUUCUAGAGAUGAACAAGCUUUAGAAUUUGGUAAAUUUUUAACUGAUCAUUUACAAAGAUCAAUUUUAAUUAGAGAACAAAAUCCAUUAUUUAAAUUUGUUAAAACUUUUAUCAUUACAUUUUCUGUAAUUGUGAUAAUUAGAAAGAAAGGUCCAAGUAAACUUACAGGUACCAAGAAGAAAACAAUUGUAAGUUUACUCGCCAUCGCUGUUGUUCUUUUAUUCACUUGUGGAUAUCAAUAUACUAUUCAAAAUGCAGUUCCUUUUAUUGCAAAGGAUGAUAAAGGUGGUUUGGUUGUAAUUAGUGGUGGUCAACAUUAUCAAUUUGGUAUUGAAACUUUCCUUGUGGCUGCUAAUUAUGCUCUGUUGGCAGCAGCAGUAUUACUGUUGACUUACAUUGGAAGUUAUAAUGUCAAUGAAAAAAGCUUAAUUAAAAAUGCAUACAUUAAAUCCCUAUUGGUAUUGAUCAAUGCAGUUGUAUUAUACUUGUUGUAUAGUUCUUUAACCAGCAUUGUCCUUAGAAAAGACCAUGGAUAUCCUUAUCAUUUCACCAAAUUAUUCUAG